ACAACAGCAGGGUGAUGUUGGGGGUCGCGUCAUCUCGAUUAUCCCCGAAUAGUAUUCGCUAAAUCUGAACACUCGUUACUCAGUAACCGAUGGCAGACGCGUCCUCUCCGCCGGCGGACAUCGGAAAUGGCGACCCGCUGCGAGGAUGCAGACACCAAGACAGAGGAGGAUGGUUCGUGGAGCAUGGUCGGCGCGGCCUCGGUGCUCGGCAGCAAGCGCUGCCGCCUGCUGCACUCCUCUCGCGGCCACGGCUUUGACGUCGGCCUCUUCUUCGUGAGGGGGGAGUUUUUCGCCAUGGACGCGCGCUGCGCUCACGCCGGAGGUCCACUGUGUGAUGGGGACAUUGAGGAGGCGGAUGGAGUUCUGAAGGUCUUCUGUCCCUGGCACGACUAUGACUUCGACCUCAGGACGGGAGAGUCAGGGACCAAGUUAAAGCAACAAGUCUACCAGGUCAAGCUGGAGGAUGGAAAUGUGUUUGUGAAGCACCCAAGUCGUCUCUCCUUAAAGACUUCUCCUGUGGACCUCAAGAGGUGAAUAAUCAGGGCAGCUGCCAUGUCCAGUGGACCUUCUGUAGGAGCCCUUUUUUCCCACGAAAACAAGCCAGCUGAGACAUUCCUCAGUCGUAUCUCCAAGAGACAGUUUCCACAGUCAUUGGUGUGACCAUGUUGAAGUCUGUCUGCAGACGGCAUGACUUCAUGAAUUGUUUUAGUGGAGACAGACUUGUUGCACACUCAGCGUGUGCAUCGAUAACAGACUAGACAGAAGGUAAUGUUUGCUUAAGCAAAGGCAACACAGUGGGCUGAUCGUUGAAAGACUUGAUAGCUGUGCUCUGUGUUUGGACUUUACAGAUAUUUGGGUGGCAGAACAGCUUGAGGACUGGUAGAGCAACUGCAAAAACGUUUUUCAACCUUACCUCAGAUACUUCUUAUGACUCGAACUACCCUGCUCUAAAAUGUUUGCCUUCAAAAUGACAACAUAAAACUUUCGUCUAAACUUAAAAUGAUGAUGAUAUGUAAUGAUUUGAGGGUUAAAGUGUCCCAUGCAGUGGCAUCUUUUUUUAAACAACCUCCUUGUGCGCCCCUCCUGCCCAAGAACACACUCUAAAGACUGAUGAAUUUUGCUACUGACGCACAGGGACUACUGUAGUGAAAUGUGCUUUCACACGCCAAAAUUCACCAACAACCCUAAAUGUGUUUUUCUACUUUUAUGUGCUUGCUUAAGUCACACUGGUGGUUUUUCUUCGCAUGGGACUCGCUGUGUUUUCUGACAGCUCUGUGCUUGGCCAACUCACUGCAUCCAGUCAUGGAGGUGUCAGUGACAGUGUGGCUCGACACCCUGUGAGUUGACGCGGCCUGUUGUGAAGUUUAUUGCGGUGAUUAUUCCACUGGCUCAAAAUGAGCGUCCAUUCACAGUCCUGCUGAGCGUGCUCUGCUAUUCACCUCCUGGAGGCUGGCGGCUCACAUAAACAACAGACCUCUGACUUAUGCAGAGACAUUUUUAGUGUUUAUAUGAUCAUAAUUUGUCUGGAUGUCAAAAAUAUGAAUUCUGUUAUCAUCCAAAAAUCUUUGCUGAAGGACACUGUGGAGCUACAGUGACUCUUGUUACAGAUGUAGUUGUUGGCAAACAACAAAUUGCACUAUUUCCUUUUCUUCUAUAACCUGAAGCUGCUUCCUAAUUAAAACCAUAAAAUAACAAUAAAAAAAACAUUUCCUUCUAAAUGUUAGUAUGUACUUAUUAUGUUAUUGGUUCUUGUAUAACUGCCAUAAUUGCUUUGGUUGGAAAUUGUAUGCAUUUUGAUUUUGGAACAAUGUUCUCAGUCUUUAUAUCGAAGUUAAAUGCAAUAAACAUAUUAAAUCGUUGGACUAUUUUUUGUUUGUCUACUUAUUUUAUUAAACCAGUGUCAAAGUGGCGCAGAAUUAAACAUGCAUGUAGAAGACAAGGGCAGAUGAUGAAAGAGAAUAUUCCACAUAUAAAAUGCAUUACUUUCAAGAUCACAGUUUCUGCUCUACAUUCUAAAUAGAUUUUUAAAAUACAGAUACACCUCUUGCAUCGCUUCUUAAAAAUAUACGUAUUAUAAUAUUUUUUAUUCUUUUUUGGGGGGGACAUGAUAAAAGAUUGCACAUCUACUAAUAUCCCAGGUGGUCGUAUUAAUGACGCCAAGACUUUAAAUUCUUUUAAAACUAUUUGCUUUAUUGCCUGUUGAAGGAGCUGUUCUCAUUGUUUUCAUUUGUUCAUGGCUCAGUUUGUCUCUGGGAGUCAGAUGUCUUGUUCUUGUUCUUUUACUGUCCCGACGUGUCGAUGCUAU